GCAAGGUCUCAGACGCUUUUGGGCCUGUUGUCUCGAAAGCAUCUCUUCCGCGAUUCAAAUUGGACCCCGGCCAAACGACAGUGACCCUGAAUUGCUCACUUAGUACUUUUCUUAAGUAGCAGAGCGAAAUAUGCAAUAUCUGACCAUUCGAUGAGGCACUGUAGAUCGUAUGGAGAGAAGUCCAAGGAUGCAUCAUAAGGAUGAGUUUCCAAGGUCUGAAAUGGGGUCUUAGUACGAAAUUCCCUUUGUGCAUUGUGACGAGCUCAUCAAUGUCGCCAGUGCUCAACAAAGGCGAUAUCAUACUCGUGUCUAACCACUCCCAUCAACAAUACAACAUUGGAGAUAUUGUAGUUUUUAAGCUGGAGAGUCAAUCACACCCGAUCGUUCAUCGGAUAACUUCAAUUGUGAGGCCACAACGACCUCAUGGGAUCAAAUUGGAAUCUCGUCUAUUUGAGCAGGGUCUGAACGCCAAAACUGGAGGAAAAACAAUUUGGAAGAAGGACCAAUUGCGAGUCAACAAGUAUGGCAGUCUCCCAUGGUCCAAUAAUAUGAAGCGUGUUCCAGAGGUAAAUAACAUACCAAGUCAUCGGUGGGACGCCAGCCAUUCCCUCCACAAAUCCCGGCGAAGACAAGCCAUUUCCCAUCGAGGGUUCCACUUAAGGACCACUGAAGGUCACUCUUCCAAUUUUGUGACCCGUGGCGAUCAGAACCGAUUAGACGACCGUCUUUUGUAUGCCAAAGAUGGGAUCACGUACUUGACGAGAGAUCGGAUCCUGGGAAAAGUUCUCUGGAGUGUUCCAUAUCUAGGACAUCUCAAGAGGGUCCUCAGCAGCCUAAUAGGAUUAUAAAUGACCCACGACGAGAAGACCCCAAAGCCCAGCUCAAGGAGGGACUUCCUCUCCACCAUUCAUUCCGAUCAUGAACCAGGAACAUCGUAUUAACCUGACAAAGUAUUGUAGUAGAUCGACUUUCGCUUAUAUUUUUGAUCCAUAUAUUUGAAUAUCACAGUCAUGACGAUGCUUUGAA